GAUCCAGAUGACCAGCUGAAGCUGACAGAAGACACCAGGCAGCUGGGGCUGGUGGUCUGUAGAGGAACCUCUGUAGUUCUAAUCUGUCCUCAGGACGGUAUGGAGGCCAUACCAAACCCGUUCAUACAGCAACAGGAUGGCUAACACAGUCUGUCACUCACUGAGUCACAGUCUCACACACACAAAUACAACCAUGCACCCGCUUGUAUAUUUUGUUUAGUUAUUUUUUUCUUGUUUUAAUUUUUCAAAAAACAGUAACCAUGUGUAAAACAAAGCAGAUUUCUGUUGUUAAAAUUCAUAAGUUGAUCAGCAAAAGGACAUUUGAAAGCACCUCACUGUGACGUGCAAGUUAGCAAAGAUUUGAGUUGUAAAGAGCCCACAAGCUUUGGGAAGUGUUAACAGUACCAUUUUCUUUUUAUCCAGAAUAAGUAAACCUUUUACAGUUCUAUGUUGUUUUUGAUAAUAAAAUGAAAAUGUAUGUUGAGUGUUGGGAAUUUUGUUCUUCCUUGUUCUUGUACAUGUUUGUUGUAUGCCAGAACUAGAUCAACUAGAUGUGAUUCAAGGAACCCUAAAAGUUGCAGCAAUUUAAUGAACUUUGAGCUGCUGAUUUCUGUGUGGCUCAGCGGGCUUCAUUUAAGCAGCCUUUUCCAGUAGGUUAUUAUAUCUGAUUCAGCAGUCUGUCCACUGACCACUGGUAUUUUGUAUAGUUACUGUCACUUGUGUUUUUUUUUUGUUGUUGUUGUUUUGUUUUUUCUGGGUAAAUAAAGGCUGAAAUAUAGAAAAUACACCUGAGCUAGUUUCAGCUCAUUUACACCUGCUGUCCUUGAAGAAUCACACAAGCUGGGUGCCCCUGAAGUUCCCCUGGCAUCAUGUAUCAAGGAGUCUCUACGCCAGCGGCUUGGGUUCGAGUCUAGCCCGGGCUGAUUCCUGCAUGUCAUCGUGCUGUUUCUCCUGUCUGUCUACUAUCUGUCAGAUAAAAAGCCCCAAAAAUAAACUUUAAAAAACAG